AUGCUGCCUCGACCAGCUCGACUCGUUCGACAAAACGUUAUUACGGGUUGUCGCAAACGACAUUUCACCUCCACUUUUGUCGUACGAGCUUCUUCUACCCAAGGUCAGGUCGUGGGUCAAGCACCUUCACCUACAUUGGACGAUAGCUUCCAUGACUUGAUCAAAGAGGGAGAUAUGGGCAUGGGAAUGGGACCUAAACGUAGCUUAAAGUCAACAUCGAAAGGAAAAGGUAAAAUGACAAUACCAGAUUUAGAGUUAGUAGAUGAUUCACAUCCUUCAUCAAGUAAAAGUCAACACAAAUUCGGGUUGAUAGUGGAAGAUCUAGAUGAAUUGGAUUCAUCCAAGUAUGAUGAAGAGGAAGUAGGCGAAUUCGAUUUUAGUAGAAGGGAAGAAAGAAGAUCGCCGGCAACUGUUUUGGGAAGCAAAAGAGUCGGCGUGGUAGUUUUGCCUGAUCACUUGAAGAAUGGCAUUCAACGUCAAAUCGAUCAGCUGGACAAUCCACGCACAUUACGACAAUCCUAUUUAUCCCUACCUUCAUCAUCGUCAAGAAGAUCAAGAGAAGAAAAAGUAGACCAUCGAUCAAGCAGACCCAGAAAGACAGUAGAAGGUGAACUUGCAAAAGCUGCCGGUAUCUUACCUGGUGAAUAUGGAGUUGUCAGAAACGUAUUUGAGGAGUUGGAAAGACGAUUAGGGAAAGGAUGGUUGGAUAGAUCUACGACUGCUGAAAAGAAGGAGAUCGUGGAGUAUUCAGGUGGAUUAGGCUCUGGGUCAUGGGCAACGAUCGAUGCAUUCUUAGAAUCAUCCACAAGCGAUAACCUGAAAAUACAACUGGUACAUUCUUCUAGACACAGUCUAGACCUUGCUCAAAAGAUUAUGGAAGACGUAUCUGAGCAAGCUGCUGAUGUCCAUUUCAAUCGCAAACAUGUUCCUUCCGAUCAUCGUCCCGCUGUCGUUCUAUCUACCUUCUUACUGUCAACAUUACCUACUCAACCUUCCCAGCAGACUCACCUCAACCAACUUCUAUCCUUGAAAUCGCCGUACAUCGUCCUGAUAGACAAGUCUACUCCUACAGGAUGGCAAGCUAUUUCUCGAGCGCGAUCAUAUCUUCUAGACCAAUCAAAUUCAGACGACCCAUUGCAUGUCUUGGCUCCUUGUCCUCAUGAUGGAAUCUGCCCGUUGGUUUCCACAGAGGACAAAUGUAGCUUCAGUCAACGAAUUCAGCGACCUUCGUUCGUCAGAAAGACCAAACACUCAAAUAGAGGAGAAGAGGAUACUGGUUAUUGUUAUGUUGUUAUAGCAAGAGGAGAAAGGCCGAUCUCAAACUUACCAGACGAGCCUACUUUUAGGGGUAUGCCUAAAAGCUCCCUUGGGAGGUUGGGUGGAGUGGGUAAAGAAGAACUGGCGAGAUCAAGAUUGAAGCAAGACGGUAGGAGUGUCUUGAGAGAGAUAGAAGGACAUGAAGGUAUAUUAGAAGUCGUCAAUCUACCCGAGCAAGAACAUGUGAAUGAACAUGAUCGUGUGGAGUUGGAUGCAGAAGAUAAACAAAAGAUGCAGAACGGCCUAAGGGAAGAAGCGUAUUCCUGGCCUAGGCUUGUCGCUCCGCCCAUGAAAAGGAGUGGUCAUGUAACUAUGGAUGCUUGUUGCCCCGAUGGCAAUAUCCAACGAUUGACAUAUUCCAAAUCUCACUCGAAACAAGGCUACCAUGAUGCUCGUAAAUCCUCCUGGGGAGAUAUCUUCCCUCAUACUCCCAAAGCCACACCUGUGGUCCGAACACGAGGUGUCAGAAGGCUGAACAAAACACAAAAUGAUGAUGAGGUUUUAAACGAACUUCUCGCUGCCUCAGCUGAAGAGAGAUCGGAUAAUGACUCUGCAACUUUAAAGGAAUUGGAGAGUCUAGGGAUCAAGCUUCCAAAAGCUGAAGUCAUCGAAGAAGCUGAUCUGGAAGGAGAAUCAUCGAGCUCAGACUCAUUUCGAAAAUCGUAUCAAACGGAGGGGCCAUUCAGCAAAAGUGGUCAAAAGAGAGGUUUCAGUAAUAUGACCAUGACCCCAUCGCGUCAUACGGUACAGAUCACUAGAUCAUCAAAUCCACUACAGACUCGAUCUAUGUCCGCUCGACCUCCUCCUCGACCAAAAGUAACUCUCUCCACUCUCAGAAAACUUUCCAAAUCCGAUACCCCCAUUACUGUUCUUACAGCUUAUGACUAUCCCACUGCAUUGCUUUCCGAAUCAUGUGGUGUAGAUAUGACUCUAGUUGGAGAUUCGCUUUCCCAAGUUUGUUUGGGUCAUGAUUCGACGACUCAAAUAACUUUGGAAGAAAUCAUUCACCAUGCUAAAGCAGUUACAAGAGGAUCUAAAACGCCAUUUGUUUUCGCAGAUUUACCAUUCGGUUCAUUCGAAGUAUCAUUAGAAGAAGGAGUUAGAAACGUGAUCAAAUUGAUCAAAGAAAGUGGAGUGGAUGGAGUGAAGAUUGAAGGUGGAGUAGAAAUCAUACCACUAGUUCGAAAAUUAUCAGAAAUUGGAAUACCUGUUAUGCCUCAUUUAGGUCUACAACCUCAACGGGCGACGUCUUUAUCUGGUUAUUUGGUUCAAGGAAGAACAGCUCAAAGCGCUUAUGAAAUAUAUCAAACUGCUUCCGAAAUGAAAGAUGCCGGAGCAUUUGGUCUAUUACUUGAAGCUAUUCCACAUAAUGUAGCUAAGAAAAUCACUGAUGAUUUAGAUAUCAUCACGAUCGGUAUCGGAGCUGGAAAUGGUACGAAUGGACAAGUAUUAGUCAUAACGGACGUACUCGGAACGUAUUCUCAAGAAGAUAUAGUUGGCGAUGAUGCAAAGGAAUCAACUUUAGUCGAAACACCAAACCAAUUACAACAAGCUUCAGAACUGACAUUACCAACACCAAAGAAACCAUCUGCAUCUCCUAGAUUCGUAAGACAGUUCGGUUCAAUUGGAAUGGCAUCAAAAUACGCCAUCAACCAAUAUGUACAAGCUGUUAAAGAUAGGUCUUUCCCUGAUACGAAAGAAAGCUACAACAUGAAGAAAGAUGAAUGGGAUGGUUUCCUCACAUUGUUAGAGGAGGCAAAGGUCAAUAAUCAAUCACCUUGA